AAACAUUCGAUAAUUGGAAAUUAAAUUUUGUUUCAUAAGAGAAGUAUCUUGUUUAUUUUGACCAUGAUUUCGCGAGGUGUAUGGUCGCUUUCCCCCCAUUUGAAUCAGUUUCGUGCAAAUAUUAGCCUAUUAGCGCCAAUAUUGCAUCAGACAUUUGGUGGGAGAUGUUUUCCCGAUGACUUCCGGUUCAGCAAGCCCAGGAGAACACUUAAAACCUCGGAAACUGGUGAGGUGAAAGGCAAACCUGAAGGAAAACCAAAGAGUGAAGGAAAACCAAAGGUUGAAGGAAAACCGAAAGAGUCCAAAGCUAAGGCAGAAGUCAAGACUUCGUUGAAGGAGCUGAACCCAUGGCCCUCAUACAUCCAGGACCGUAUUGCCCUGUGGGAUAAACUAAAGGCUGAAGCUGAUGCUGCUAUUGCCGCCAAGGUGCCCAGCCCAAUCCAAAUUACUUUACCUGAUGGAAAGAUUGUAGAAGGAAACUCUUGGCGCACAUCACCUUUCGAUAUUGCUAGUGGCAUUAGUGCUGGUCUGGCAGAAAACACUGUCAUUGCCAAAGUUAAUGGCAAGCUUUGGGAUCUUGACAGGCCAUUGGAAGACAGUUGUACUUUGCAGCUCCUGAAAUUUGAUGAUGAAGAUGCGCAGAAGGUGUUUUGGCACUCGACUGCUCACAUUUUGGGAGAAUCCAUGGAGAGAUGUUAUGGAGGUUGCCUCUGCUAUGGGCCUCCCAUUGAAAACGGAUUUUACUAUGACAUGUUCAUCCAAGACCAACAGGUCUCUAAUUUUGAUUUUCCAGUGUUGGAAAAUGUCAUGAAAGCCGCGAUAAAGGAGAAACAACCCUUUGAACGUCUUGAAAUGAAAAAGGAAGAUCUCUUGGAGAUGUUCAAGUACAACGAGUUCAAAGUUCGAAUUCUCAACGAAAAAGUAGAUACACCAACCACUACUGCCUAUCGUUGUGGUCCUUUGAUCGAUUUGUGUCUUGGACCUCAUGUUAGGCAUACAGGUAAAAUUAAGGCCUUCCAAAUUACCAAAAACAGUUCGACGUAUUGGGAAGGAAAGGCAGAUGCUGAAUCUCUUCAGCGAGUUUACGGUAUUUCAUUCCCGGAUAACAAGCAAUUAAAAGAAUGGCAGAGGAUCCAAGAAGAAGCAGCUAAAAGAGAUCACAGAAAACUGGGCAGGGAAUAUGAACUUUUCUUCUUCCACGAACUCAGUCCCGGAGCCUGCUUCUUUACCCCCCAUGGCGCGCACAUUUACAAUACGCUCGUUGAAUUCCUCCGAAACGAGUACAAACAGCGUGGAUUUCAAGAAGUCAUCACUCCGAAUGUGUACAACUCCAAGUUGUGGCUCACAUCUGGCCAUUGGCAGCACUACUCGGAGAAUAUGUUUUCUUUCGAGGUUGAAAAAGAAACAUAUGCCAUGAAGCCGAUGAAUUGCCCCGGUCAUUGCCUGUUAUUUGACCAUCGGGUUCGUUCUUGGCGAGAAUUGCCGUUGCGUCUUGCGGAUUUCGGAGUACUUCACCGCAAUGAGUUGUCAGGAGCUCUCUCCGGUCUAACUCGAGUACGUCGGUUCCAACAAGACGACGCUCAUAUCUUUUGUACUAUGGGACAAAUCAAGAGUGAAAUCAAUGGCGCCUUGGCUUUCCUGAGAGACGUAUACAAGAUCUUUGGAUUUACUUUCCAACUGCGCCUCUCUACACGACCUGAAAAGUUUCUUGGAGAAAUCGAGACCUGGAAUCACGCUGAAAAGGAACUGACUGAAAGUUUGAACGAAUUUGGAGAAACUUGGCAAUUGAACCCUGGCGAUGGUGCAUUUUACGGUCCUAAAAUCGACAUUACCAUCAUGGAUGCGUUGCGCCGGCCGCAUCAGUGCGCCACUAUUCAACUGGACUUUCAGCUGCCGAUUCGUUUCAAUUUAAGUUUCAUUAAUGAAGCUGGAGAGAAGGAGAAGCCUGUCAUUAUUCAUCGUGCAAUCCUCGGCUCUGUCGAGCGUAUGAUUGCUAUCUUAACUGAAAGCUAUGCCGGAAAAUGGCCUUUCUGGUUAAGUCCCCGGCAAUGCGUCGUAGUUCCUGUCGGACCUGUUUUUGAUGGCUACGCUCAACAGGUGAGAGAGCAAAUAGCAGCUGCUGGAUUCCGUAUUACGGCUGAUAUUGAUGCCGGUGAUACCAUGAAUAAAAAAAUCAGAAACGGCCAACUUAGCCAGCACAACUUUAUCCUUGUCGUUGGAGAGAAGGAACAGACUAAUGGAACGGUCAAUAUCCGUACUCGUGACAACAAAGUUCACGGAGAGCAUACUAUCGCCAAGGUUAUCGAGCGUUUCACCCAACUAUCGAAAGAUAAAACCUUGAAUAGCGAAGAUUCGUUUUGAAUCAUAACGAGUGAGUAAGAAAGAUCCCAAAACUCCAGUGCCGUGGGUGUGUGUUUUUUCCUUUUUGUUUUGUUUGUUUUAUUAUUGAAUUCUGCAAUUGUGCAAGUGGUCUUAUUUUCAAGUAAUUGGAAGUUCAGGUUGAAAACUUUUGUUUUGGAAAUCAACAGAAUAUAGGAAAUACAAUAUCACCCAUGAA